GCCCUUAUCCCAUGCGCGUGCGCGCACGCACCUACCAAAACCCGUUUAUUGUGUGAGCGAGCUGGAGGGGGGAAGGGGGGCCCAAAAUGCUCAUAACAUGUUAACGCAUCGUCCUUUGGGCUCCAGCUCUCCUGUUCCUUCCUUAGCGGUGCGUCGCCUUAUUCCGAGUACGUGCGCGACGCGGCGACCCCCACGGCCAACUGCCAGAGCUCGCGCUGUGCUCUACCAAUGAGCUUCUUCCUCCCCUCCCUGGCAGGCGGGCGCGCGUGUGUUUCAUUCUCUGGCCCAGCGCAACAUUUGUAUUCCUGGUCAAAGUCCGUGGAGGGUCCUCGUGAGCUCAGCUCGACCUCCUUUUCGAUCCCUUCUGUCGGAAAGGGUGGAAUAAAAGGUGGUUCUUAUUGUGGCGACCAGGUAGUUUGCUGGCUUCUACAACUGAAACUUGGGACAUCAUGCAGGGCUCAAAGAAACUAGUGAACACAAUUCUGAGUUGUGCGGAUGACUCAUUAGCCGGAAUAGUGGCAUGCAAUCCUAAUCUUCAACUUCUAAAUGGACACAGAGUGGCACUACGUUCUGAUUUAGAGAAUAUAGAGGGCAAAGUUGCACUUAUUUCUGGAGGUGGAUCAGGGCAUGAGCCUGCACAUGCAGGAUACAUUGGAAGAGGAAUGCUCACUGCGGUGGUCGCUGGUCCAGUGUUCACUUCCCCUGCAGUGGGUAGCAUUUUAGCAGCAAUUCGGACUGUGAAACAAGCCGGAGCAGUUGGGACAUUACUAAUAGUGAAGAACUAUACAGGAGACCGCCUGAAUUUUGGGCUGGCAUUGGAACAGGCACAGGCAGAAGAAAUUUCUGUGCAGAUGGUUAUAAUUGGUGAUGACACUGCCUUUGCCACCAAGAAGAAGGCUGGCAGGAGAGGUCUAUGUGGCACAAUGCUUGUACAUAAGGUGGCUGGAGCAUUGGCUGAGGCAGGUAUCGGUCUGAAUGAAAUUGUUCGUAGAAUUACUGCUAUUGUAGGAGCAAUGGGCACUCUUGGGAUAAGUCUGUCCCCCUGCAGUGUCCCAGGAUCCAGACCCACUUUCCAGCUUGCAGAUGAUGAAUUUGAGCUGGGUUUAGGAAUCCACGGUGAAGCAGGUGUGCGCAGAAUAAAGAUGGCAACAGCAGAUCAGAUAGUCAACAUAAUGCUGGAUCACAUGACCAACCCUUCCAAUGCCUCUCAUGUACAACUUAGGCCUAAGGCUUCUGUGGUCUUGGUAGUGAACAACCUGGGUGGAUUAUCCUAUCUUGAGUUGAAUAUAGUAGCUGGGUCUGCUGUUUGUUCUCUUGAGAGCAGAGGUUUUCACGUUGCCCGGACUUACGUUGGCUCCUUUAUGACUGCAUUGGAAAUGGCAGGUGUCUCCCUUACCCUUCUCCAGGUGGAUGAAGAACUCUUGAUCCUACUUGAUUCAGAUACCACAGCUAUUGCCUGGUUAAAACCUGCCAGAAUGUCCGUGACAAGACAGAAAAUACAGAUGAUAGUACCCAAAGUGUGUUCUAAGGAAGAAGAGCCUGACCCAGCAAAAGUGCCAUCUUCUCCUCACAUGAGAUUGAUUCUGGAGUGUGUGUGCUCUAAAAUGCUUAGCCUACAGGAGCAACUCAAUGAACUUGACCGUGCUGCAGGUGAUGGAGAUUGUGGCAACACACAUGCACAGGCUGCCAUUGCAAUCCAGAAUUGGCUAGAUGCUAAAGCUCUGCCUCAGCGACCUUAUCAACUGUUCUCUUCACUAGCCAAGUUGCUCCUGGAAAAGAUGGGAGGCUCAUCAGGAGCGCUCUAUGGAUUAUUUCUGACAGCAGCUGCUCAGUCUCUAAGGACUGACGAUGACUUAGCAGCCUGGUCCUUAGCAAUGGAUGCUGGUAUUAAUGCUAUGAUGCGGUAUGGAGGAGCUGCACCUGGAGACAGGACCAUGCUGGAUUCACUCUGGGCUGCUGCAAAAGUACUCAAAGCUUUGAAGACACCUAAGGCUGAUCUGAUGGAGGUUCUGGCCAAGGCUGUGAAUGAGGCAGAGGCUGCUGCUGAAUCUACGAAGAAUAUGGAAGCUGCUGCAGGCAGAGCCAGUUAUAUCAGCUCAGCUCACCUAGUACAGCCCGAUCCUGGUGCUGUAGCAGCUGCAGCCAUUCUCCGGGCAGUGCUAGAAGGGUUACAGGCUAAACCAUAGUAACGUCAUGAUAUUCUUCCUUAAUAUAAAUCACAUUUUAGUACUAGUUUAAAUGUCCCAUCACUAUUCUAUCCCUGCUGUGCAGGUCUUACUAAAUCCUGGUACCUUUGGCAUGACAAAGUUUAUUUUAACUUACAAAGCUUUCUUGCACAUUAUUUGGUAUUAUUCUGGAAACGUCAUGCUUGAGAACGGAGUUAUGUUUAUAUGUUUGGCUGGGGUCUAUGUUUUUUUUCAUGCUUUUUAUAUUUUGACUGUUACGGAGUCCUCUUUUCAAGUUGUUCAAGUUUUUAUGUACUGCAUUUCUUCGCUGUACACAAGAGGUGUUUUAAGUUUUGUCGAAGCUAUGUAGUGGUACAUUCAAACAAUAGUGUAGCAACAUAGCUUGAACAGCUAAGUAAAAUAUAUGCAAAGAUUUUCUAACUCUAGAUACCAGGUGUAUAAGUAGUAUGCCAGAAUCUUUAUAAAAUAUUUCAUAGACCAUGACUGUAGUCUAGAUAUUUUUUUUAAAAAACCAUCUGGAGCUGCUGAAAUUAAUACAUCAACACAGUAUACAUCUAAAGAGUUGUUGAGCAAAGUGAAUGCUAUUUCUGUUCCUUGUCUGUUGAUUUCACAUAGAGAUCUCACUGGCCACUGAGAGAAACAAGAUUGACUGGUUAAAUCCAUUCCCUGACCGAGGAGCACAGAGAGCCCCACAAUUUCAUAAGUGCAAUCAUCACACUUGUUAAACUACCGCAUAUUUAUUUGCGUACAAUAUAGCUUAAAUAAAUAUGGAACAGAUCAAUUUAACUUAGCUUGUACAUAUGUAGAUGCUGAGAAGAAUAUUGCUAUAUAUUCAUAAUUGAAAUAAUCUGCCUUUUAGCCUCGAUAGUAACUCAACAUUCUCAUAGUUACAGGGAUCCUCUUUGGGUACAAGGCAUCAUAAAUCUACAUCAGGAUUUUUGAACUGCUUACCCUCUGGGCAAUAUGUUUCAGCUGUUAUACAAUCAAUUAAAAUGUACCCUGCUAAAAAUGUUUAGCUAGUACCUAAAUAACAUUAAAGGAAGCUUGGCGACCAGACCUCUCUUUUGGGAACUUCAUAAAGGGGAUUAUUUACAGAUGAGUUUUUCAAGGUUGUCUAUUUUGCUUCAGGUGAUGAUAAAAAUUCGUCUUUAUAAAAUUUAGCAUUCUUAAGGCUGGGACUUAAGCAUUUUGAGCUGGGAUUGGAAAUAAGUAAAAAACACUCUUUCAGGAUUGUAGAGUAUAUUAUUACUCAGGUAACAUGCUGGUUAACACAUUAGAUCUUCUAUGUGGCAGGUAGGUGGGUGUUAUUUUCAGCAGCAGCUAUACAAAGAAUGCAUUACAGUUUAGAUUGAAAGAAAUUAUCAGGUAUAUUUCUCUGGCAGCCAAGGACCCAUGUAUACAAAGGUAACUUCUGUCAUAUUAUCUGCCACAAAAACCCAAAGUUAUUUCAUCUAGAUAACUGCAGGCACCAUUUUAAAAUAUUUUGCUACCGUAAUUAUAUGAUCAAGAACUCAUUCGAUAUAAUCAGAAUGAAAGCUAGGUGCACAGUUAUAAUUAAGUGAAACUACCUGUAUUUAAAUUGGAAAAAACAAAUGGUGUUAAGGAAAAUGUUCAAAAGGAAUAUAGAAGAAUAAAUAUACAUAAGACUUUU